CUGUGGCCAUGGACACGCCAGUGUUCAUCCUUGCGGGGCUCCUUGUGCACUGCGUCUUCCUGGCCUCCAUCUUUGACAUCUACUUCACCUCCCCUCUGGUUCAUGGUAUGACUCCUCAGCAGGCUCCGCUGCCCCCUCCAGCAAGACGUCUCGUGCUCUUUGUCGCCGAUGGGCUGAGGGCAGAUGCCCUGUUUGAACUGGACAGCAGCGGUGCUCCUCGAGCACCUUUCCUGAGGAGUAUUCUAGAGAAUAAUGGUAGCUGGGGAAUCUCUCACACCCGUGUCCCCACCGAGUCUAGACCAGGCCAUGUUGCACUUAUAGCUGGAUUUUAUGAAGAUGUCAGUGCAGUUGCUAAAGGCUGGAAGGAGAAUCCAGUGCAAUUUGACUCCGUUUUCAAUGAGAGCAAAUAUACUUGGAGCUGGGGAAGCCCAGAUAUUUUGCCAAUGUUUGCCAAAGGUGCUAGUGGAGAUCAUGUUUAUACAUUUUGUUACACAGCAGAAAGUGAAGAUUUUGGAGCACAAGAUGCAGCAAAGCUUGACAGUUGGGUUUUUGAUCAUGUAAAGGGCUUCUUUACUUCUUCCAGAAAUAAUCAAACGUUGUAUUCUGCACUAAAUGAAGAAAAAGUGGUCCUGUUCCUGCAUUUGCUAGGCAUAGACACAAAUGGGCAUGCUCAUCGGCCAAACUCAAGGGAAUACAAGGAAAAUAUUAAAAAAGUUGAUGAAGGUGUAAAGGAAAUUGCUUCAAUGCUUGAAAAUUUUUAUGGAAAUGAUGGAAAAACUGCAUUCAUCUUAACUUCUGACCACGGAAUGACAGAUUGGGGAUCCCAUGGAGCUGGCCAUCCCUCAGAGACCUUAACACCUCUAAUUGCUUGGGGUGCUGGAGUGAAUUAUCCACAGAGGGUUGCAUCCCAGUUCUUUGAAGACAGUUUUUUGAAAGAAUGGAAACUGGAGAACUUGAAGAGGCUGGAUGUCAAUCAGGCUGAUAUAGCACCACUGAUGGCUUCUCUUAUCGGUGUUCCUUUUCCCCUGAAUUCUGUGGGAACUCUGCCUCUGGAAUAUCUAAACAGUAGCGCCCAUUUCAAAGCGGAGAGCAUGUUUACAAAUACUGUUCAGAUUCUCGAACAGUUUAAGGUUAAGAUGACUCAGAAAAAGGAAACAACAUUGUCAUUCCUGUUCACACCAUUUAAGCCCCUUUCUGAUUCUGAACAAAUUAAUUUUUUAAAGAAAACAAGACUCUAUAUUCAGCGGGAAAAGUACGAUGAAGCGGUAUCUCUGUGCAAAACCCUGAUUAACCUUGCUUUGGAAGGCCUGUCUUACUACCAUACUUACGACAGAUUAUUCCUGGGCCUGAGCAUUGCCAUGGGCUUUAUGGGCUGGACAGCCUAUGUGAUUUUGGUGAUUGUUAAGACUCAUACCAAUUUGGCUAAGGCUGCCCAAAGUCAUGGCAAGGAAUCCACUAUUCUCUUGUACAGUUUUGCGUUUGUUGGAACAAUAAUAGCUUUCUUCCUGUUAAUCCAAACAUGUCCUUGGACCUACUACAUAUACUGUCUGUUGCCAGUGCUGGUGUGGUAUGCGGUUGUGAAAGAACUUCAUGUUAUUCAAAACGUUGCUGCAAAUCUCUCGUCGCUUCCUGUUGGCCAGUCUGUGGGAUUUCUAUCAGUUUGUGCACUGGGAAUUGAAAUAUUAGUUUUCAGCUUUUUCUACCGCUCCACACUCGCUAUUGGACUUCUUGUUUUGGCUGGCUGGCCCGUGAUCACUCAGCUGUAUGUUCAAGCAAAGACAACAACGUUGAUCUGGAUUCUUCUGUGUGUGCUUCUGGCAAUAUUUCCUUUAAUGCCUGUUGUGGGAAGAGAACCAAACAUUCCUCUGGUAACAGCAGCUGGUUUGCUGACUCUUUUGAUCUCUUGCUCCUCCUUAGCAUCUCUUUGUAAAAGCAAAAAUAAAUGUGUGAAUAACGAAGAUCUGAAAGUACACCUUUAUCAG